AUGGGCGACGUUUUGGUAGAAAACCCGGCCAACCAGACCCUUCCUCACAAGAAGACGGCGCCCUCAACAAUCCCUAGUAUCGAGAACUUCGAGGGCAUUUCGACGGAAGGAGGCGACGACUAUGCCACAUUGAAGAAGUUGCAAAGACAACUUGAGUACAUUCAGCUGCAGGAGGAGUACAUCAAGGAUGAGCAGAGGAGUCUGAAGCGCGAGCUUGUCCGGGCCCAGGAGGAGAUCAAGCGGAUCCAGAGCGUCCCGCUGGUGAUCGGGCAGUUUAUGGAAGCCAUCGACCAGAACACCGGAAUCGUGCAGUCCUCCACCGGCUCCAACUAUGUCGUCCGUAUCCUUUCCACCCUCGACCGCGAGAAGCUCAAGCCCUCGUCCUCCGUUGCCCUCCACCGUCACUCGAACGCUCUCGUCGAUAUUCUCCCUCCCGAAGCGGACUCCUCCAUUGCCAUGCUUGGUGCCGAUGAGAAGCCCGACGUGACGUAUGCCGAUGUUGGUGGUCUGGACAUGCAGAAACAAGAGAUCCGUGAGGCUGUUGAGCUUCCUUUGACGCACUUCGACCUUUACAAGCAGAUUGGUAUCGACCCCCCUCGCGGCGUGUUGCUCUAUGGUCCCCCCGGAACGGGAAAGACAAUGCUGGUCAAGGCUGUGGCGAACUCCACAACAGCAAACUUCAUUCGCGUCGUCGGAUCCGAGUUCGUGCAGAAGUACCUUGGUGAGGGUCCACGUAUGGUUCGUGACGUCUUCCGCAUGGCCCGCGAGAACGCCCCCGCCAUUAUCUUCAUCGACGAGAUCGAUGCUAUUGCGACGAAGCGUUUCGAUGCUCAGACUGGUGCCGAUCGUGAAGUCCAGCGUAUUCUGCUGGAGCUACUCAACCAGAUGGAUGGUUUCGACCAAACCGCCAAUGUCAAGGUCAUCAUGGCCACCAACCGAGCUGAUACCCUCGAUCCCGCCCUGCUCCGUCCCGGUCGUCUGGACCGAAAGAUUGAGUUUCCCAGCUUGAGAGAUAGACGAGAACGUCGUCUCAUCUUCUCCACCAUCGCCAGCAAGAUGAGUCUCGCUCCUGAAGUGGAUCUGGACUCUCUGAUCGUCCGCAACGAUCCCCUGAGCGGUGCUGUCAUCGCUGCUAUCAUGCAGGAGGCUGGUCUCCGCGCAGUGCGGAAGAACCGUUACAACAUUAUCCAGAGCGACUUGGAGGACGCCUACUCAAGCCAGGUCAAAGGCACGAGCGACGAGAACAAGUUUGACUUUUACAAAUAA